AUGCGCCCCGAGGCCCGUGAUACCCGCCACACCAUCGGCUUGUUAUGCGAACAGCCUCACCUUGAUGCAUUGGCCCCUUCUCAGCGCCACUGUGGUCCUCGGACCGCCAGACAUGCCCUGGCUCCGACCAGCUCCGCGUGGGAAUUGUUCCAGCAUGCCAACCGCGCCAUUCACGGCCAUUACGUCGACGAUUUCGACGACCACUUCACCCUUCUCGUGCCUAGUCUUCGCAUUAUUGCCGAGUUUCGGCCAUAUACGAACCUAUGCCUGGCACUGGGUGGCAACAGUGCCAUCAGAUCGCCCAGCAGGAGUCUGCGACGAACAGUCGAUGACGAGACACGGCGAUGCAAUUCCACCCGGAGGCAGUCCGCGGACUGUAGGAGUACCUGCGAUCAUAUCCUGUAUCCCAAGGAUGGGCACUUUGCGCUAUGCUUCGAUUGCGCUCCGUCAGAUGCACAUACCGAGUCAGCCUAUAGCGUCUUCAUCACAAGCUUCGCAACCUUCCCUUUCCAAUAUACGUCUAUAUUGCAGCUUGAGGGCUGGGUAUAUCGCAUUGCCAUGACCAGCACCUUCCGAGAACGGGCUAGGGGCCCCGAGGAAUAUCGUGGUGGCCUGGACAAGCUGGUCGGCAUCUGGGCGGCAUGCAGAAUUUCCUGCGGCUCGUAG